UUUUGUAGAAAAUGUCCAGCCCAUUGGAGAGGGAGACCUUGCUGGUGGCAAAGGAUUAUGUGGGUUUCUGCACUGGGAUCCGGCAAGACCCUCCAAGCGAGUCAGCCAAAGCCAUGAGACAACUGGCGAAGCAAACGGAGAGGCAACAUCGGUCAACAUUUCAAACCUUAGUGCAGAACUUCUUGGACAACUCUGAACCCGACUUCCUGACCAGUCUGAAGCAGACCAUGGCAGCGCUGGCGCAUGACGGACAGUUGAACUGGGGAAGAGUCGUAGCGCUUUUUGCAUUCGCAGGAAUGCUAGCGAGCGAGCUCUCAUCCCGGGGAGUGGACGUCAGCAACAGAAGGUUAGCGGAGACGAUCGCUCGCUACCUCAGCGAGGAGCACGGAGAAUGGCUUCUGCACAACGGUGGCUGGGUCGGCUUCCUAUCCUUUUUCCACAUGGUGAGAGGUGCGGACUUGGGGUUGUUCCUGAGGAACGCUUUCUUUGCAGUCUCCGUUGCGAGCAUUGCAGGGAUAGCCGCCCUUCUUCGCCCUGGAAGACUUCCUCUGGGGUCCUUGCUUCGGCUGUUUUUUGCCUGAAGGAUCAUGUUCUGAUCCUAGCAAAAGUCAAAUGUAUUCGUU